AUGGCGUCAGAACCAAUGGAAGAAGAUGACAGUUUCAAUCAACCGGUUCCCCGCUCAACACCAUAUAUCCCCCCUCAACAAUCAAAGAAAGAGGACUCUGAUCCAGAAUCAGAUGAUUCAUUCGAAACAUUUGCACCGACUCAAACUACGAAUGGAGGAUCUUUGAAGAGUUCAGCUAGUAGUACACAAUCUACAGGCAUUAAAGCCCCUCUUCCACCGUCUCGACCAUUCCAGCCACCGGCACCUCCUUUUGGCACACAGAAUGUUGCUCCAGGAGCACAGAAGUAUAGCUCGAAGCCCCUCCCACCUCAACUCCAACGAUCUCAGUACUCUCAUGCUCCGCCUCCAUCCAUCACUUCAACAUAUAUCCAAUCGAGUCAACAAAUGUCACAAAGAGUAGUAGUUCAACCAUUUCGACCAGUUAUCAAUCAACAGAAUACGAAUAAAAUCGGAGUUCAUUCGGCAGUGACGAAUACAAAAAAGAAUGGGGAUGUGACGACUCAACAGCAGAAACCAACAUCAUCUCAAGCACCAGCAUCACCUAACUCAUUGGCACGACAUCGAAGUGCAAAUUCUGGGUUGAGAAAUUCUCCAUUCCAAACUCCUGCUCUCCGAACGGGUAACAUCUUCAUUCCCCGUACAACUCCACCAUCAGAUCCAUCUUCUCGUCCAGCGACUCCAUCUGGUGAUGUUCUGAUGCUUAGGGAUCAACUGGAGAACGAGAAACGAAAGGUUAUGAGGUUACAAACCGAAUUUCAGAAGGAUGCGAAGAAAAAAGAGGAUGAACAUCAGCGGAAUCUGGCGGCGAAAGAUUUGAUAAUUGACAAACAGAAAAAAGAUUUAGAAAUGUUCAAAUCGACGAUUGCAUGUCGGAAGACUGAUAUCCCUACCUCCUCCUCAUUCUCUGCUCCAUCUCCUAUUCUAAAAACACCGAAAAUUCCGAAUACAAUACGACCGAUGGCUACAAGUACUCCCACUCUAUCGUCAACUUCUGAAAUCAAAAAAGUGUAUCCGAAAAUCCCGGCGGCGGAACCGAAAGUGAAGACACCUCGUCGGAGGGCUCCCAUGACGAAUUUCGGACAUAUUUCUGCAUUUCGACAUCCAUUGAAAGAUGAUGAAGAAGAUGAUACGUUUCAGAUGAAUGCGAGUUUUGAGCCAUCAGCAACGUCGACACCAAAAAUGAGUGGAUUAGUGAGGACAGGUCUCCGCCGCCCUCUGGACCUUGGUGAUGACGGUGAUGAAAAUAUACGAGGAGCACCGACACCGAAGCGAAAACCCGUGGUGUUCAAAGAGAAACGGAAGAAGCGGACACGGAAAGAAGUUCAGGAGAAGAUUCAGAAGAUUUGGGAGGGAAUCGACAAGGAUUCCACUAGACUUUCCACGAUUCUCAAUCGGAAAGAUGUAGAGAAACCAGUGGAAAAACCACCGGAAAGCAUGGAAACAGAAUAUAUAGGAUUCGGGGAAAAAUACGAUUGGGUGGAUCGGAUAUUGACGAAAAAGAUGGAAUCGGUUGAAUUACGGAAGACACAACCCGUUCAAACGGAGAGAUUCUUGUCGGCACGAAUAAGGAAUCGGGUUAUGAAUGAGGCGGAGCAAAGGAAGACGAUCAUGAAGAAUUGUGCAAACUGCCAUAUGGAUGUAGAGAUUUCGAAACCAGAGGAAAUCCCGAAAACGGAGAGAAGAAUAGGAAGAAAGAAAGUGAAGAAAGAGCCGAAAGAAUGGGAAAUCAGAGAGAGUGAUCGACGGGAUUUGCUGAAAAAAGAAGCAGAAGAACGACGAUGUCUUCAUUACACAACAAUGCUUCAUUCGAUUAAUCGGAAGGGAAUCGAAGAAAUUGAAGGAAUGAAGAAGAAGAAUGAGUUGGCUGAGCAGCAAUAUCGGAAGAGAGUUGAGGCUGUCAAGAUCCGAAAUCUGGACGAAAUCCGAGAGGAAAAACUCCAAGAAUGGAGGAAACAAAUCGUGUCGAAUCUGGAAGAAAACAGUGAUCAACAGUCAUGUUUCGAGAUUAGAGAAGUCGGACGAAAUGAGGAUUAUAUUUGGACAGAAGAUGAAAGAGAUUACGAUGCCAAGUUCCCAGAACCAUAUCACCAUCCCAAAUCAUCCUUAUGCCAUCAAUGUCAAUCCCACCAACAACGACAACGACGAAUUUGCAGAAAAGAAUGGGAACAGAGUCGAAUCAAAUUAAAAUGUCUAGAAGAAUUCGGAAAUGAACGAAGAGAACAAAUGAGAAAUGCUUCACUUCUGACGAAAAGUCGAAUCGAGGCGGCUGAUAAGAGUUUAUUCAGAGAAAAUGGAGUUGUUGAGACAGGACUUCGGAAUGAUGACGUCGACGAAGAAUAUGACAGUUUCAUGUGA